GAGCACAGUGAUAAUCGGUCAAACGACAAGUCGCGAUCCAGACAUGUUUUCUCAAUUAUGACAUGUGUCGGCCUAACUGAUGUUCAUUCUACAUUCCCAUUCUAUACAUAUACAAUGAUGAAUCGUAUGUGGUGCAUUCCGCCAGUCUGUACAUUUUGUAUUCUCUCCAUUGUCCAGUUUAUUUCCGUACAUCCGUAGAUUAAGGCGGUGGCAGGUAGGGUGGUCUCGGGCAGAGAGCGACAGUUGCAUUUCCUUUGCAUUUAUUCUUGGUGGGGUGCAUCCCAUCGCAGUGUUUGAGAGCAAUGAGGCUAUUCAUGUAAUUAUUUUUGUAUGUAUGCUCCCGUUAUGCUUGUCCCAACUGAGUGAAAAGCAGUUUUAGUGGGUAUUCUGGUGUUCUAUAUUGUCUGUGUGCUUGGAUAUAGAUUGUUUAUAUAUGAAAAAACUACUGGAGGGCUGGAGUAAACUGCAGUAGUAAUCCGUGCUCCUGGCAGCUCUAGAUGGUCUUUCAUUUUUAGUGUUUUUAUUCCAUUGCAUAGGUGACCUGUGGAUGUCAUGUGUACAACCAUGUUAUGUUGCGUAGUGCGUAGUUUUGUGUUAUUUGUAGUUUGUGGUGGUUUGUUUAGGAGAAGCUGAGGAGAUGGAUCUGUAAUAUUGUUUGAUAUCAUUAUUUGAGACACUGCAGAGGCAGUGAUGGGGAUGGUGAUGACUUUAGACAUUUAUGAAGAACUUUGAUCUUCUGUUUCAGCUAGAGGCUAACUCUGCGCACAAUAAUGCCCUCGGACCUGGUUGGUAAAUGGAGAGUGUCUUUAGCUGAUGGUGUACAUGACUUAGAAUUUGAACAUGGAACAACUUCUGGCAAAAGGGUUGUUCGCGUUGACGGGAAGGAGAUUUACCGUGUGGACUGGUUGUUUAAGCUGGUCGGUGGAGUCCAAUUCAACAUUGGUAAGACCAAAUGUGUUAUUAACAUUGAUGCAUCCAAUGGAUUCUCUUACCAAUACACCUUACAAGUGAAUGGACAGGACUAUGAAAACUUCAUGGAAAACCAACGCAAAAUCAUGAAAUCAUGGAUUGUCAACGUUGCCGAGAACCCUAUCAGAAUUACCCUCGAAAAGGACACUCUUGAAAUCUGGAUCAAUGGAGAAAAAGCCAACACAACAGCAGAAUUUGUGGAUGGUGGAACAGAGACACAUUUCGAAAUUUGCGACCAUUCUGCAUACAUCCGAGCGUCAAGUAGUGGCAAUCGUAGGUCUGGUAUUGUUUAUACUCUGUUUGUGGAUGAGCAAGAAAUAGCUCCAGUCAGCCUUGACGAUACGUAAUUCAUACUGACCUGAUGAAGUUUCUUGUACUUCUUUGGUGUGUGUUUGUAAUACUGUUUUUUUUGUCUAUUUUGUAAUACCAAUUUACAAUACAAGAAAGAGGAUAUGAGGAUAUAUAU